ACGUGUUUAUUUUGAGGCGCAAAUUAUCAAAAAUUUUAUUUAUUUAAUAUUUUGAUUUUACGAAGAUUUUGAAUAAAAAAUCAAAUGGGUGAAAAGUCGAAAUUAUCUUAAAUGUUGGAAUUAUAAAGAAAUUUUUUUUUUUGACAUAACCUAUAAUUAUAAUUGUUGUUGUUUUUUUUUUGUUUAUCUUAAUAUUAAUAUAUGAUGUGUAAACUAUGAUAGUUGAUAUUUAAAAUAAUUUAUACAUAAGUACGUUACAUAUACUUGAAUUUUUCUAUAGAGAAUUCAAAAACAAAAAAAAAAAGUAAUAGAAAUUGUCUUUAAAAAAUUUAUGAAUGAUAAGAAGACCGUUUUCUCUCAUUUCCAUUCAAAUACCUAUAGUAAUUUAUGAGGACGUACCACGUUUUAAAAAUCAUUUAUAAAGUUUUGAUAUUACAUAAAAAUACAGCAAAAGAGCCUCUUCAACUCUUAAAAUUCAAUUCAAAUAAUAUUAUAUAUUAAAGUACAUAUAGAUAUUUCUCACAUAAGUAUAUAUACAUAUAAUUUGUAGACACGAAAUUUAUAGGUACGAAAGCCAGAAGCAAAAAAAAAAAAAAUACCCAAAAUCAUAAAAAAAAAACAAAAAAUCGAUUAGAUUCUUUUUAAAAGCCGGUUCGUGAUUUUCAAAUGAAUUCAAAAUAAAAAAUAAUAAAUUGGAAGUUUAAAUAUUGAAAAAAUUAAUAAAUAUAACGUGUAUAAGUUUAGAAAAUAUUCUAUAAAUAAAAAAAAAGUGUUAAUUAUUUAUUAUAAAUAAGAAAAUAUUGUUACAAAUACCAGUUAUAAUUAGCAUUAAAAAAAAAGUGUAAAAAAAUCAAAAAAAAAAAAUAGUGUGUGUUUCUCUAAAAUUUUUGUGCUUUUAUUAUUAAAAUAUAGGUGGCAUAAGCUCUACAGUGGGCAAAAGAAUAUAGUGUUAUAUUUGAAUUUAAUUUGAAAUUUUUCAAUUUCCAAUAUUCAAAUUUAAAUAUUUUAAUAAAAGAGAAAAAAAAUAAAUUGAAUUUUUUUAUGUGGAAUCAUUAAAUCCUACCUAGUAACUGUAUCAGAUAUUUGUGUAUUUAAGGAUAUUUUUUCAUAAAGAGGAGAUUAUUCUUUAAAAGGAUAUUAAGGAUUUAUUGUACGAAUUUAUUAAUUAAAUUAAUUGUCACAUAUUCGACACAAUGAUUUGUUAAAGAUAUCCUUUUAACUAUAAAGAUUAAAUAUCACAAAAUAAAAUGCAGUUCGAAAAUAUUAAAAUUACUUGCAAUAAUAAAAAUUAUAUAAAAUGGGCCAGUAAAUACCAACAGAAUCAACCGCACCAACAAACAACAAGAUCAAAAAUAACAACACAAGAUUAACUAUUUUUUAAUUAACCUUGAAAAAUCAUUGGUAUGAGAGAUAGAGAAAAAUGAAAGAAAAAGUGAACUGUGAACACUUUUAAUUACGAAAAAAAUAUAUAAAUUAAAAGGAAAAAAUAAAACCACAAUUUACAACAAUACAAACAUACAUACAUAUCCUGUUUUAUGUGAAGAAUUAAAAAUACGUUCUUAAAACUAUUAUAUGAAAAUACAGAAAGAAAAAUAAUAACCAAAUUGGGUUAACCAACAAAAAAAAAGAGGUUCUGCAUGCAUGCAAAAGAAGGUACCAUAAGAGUAGAACAGCAAUAGUGGAAUUAAAAAAUCAAUAAUAAUUAAAGUGUUAAUGGAAAAACAAGUAUUUAUAUGAUAAAAAGGUAGCAGAGAUCACAAUAAAAUAAAAAUUAACUUACAAGUAUGAAAGGAUAAAAAUUUUGUAAAAUCUCUAAAAUAUCUGAUAAAAUAUUUUGUAAGAGAAAACAACGGUGGCGUAUAAAUAAUUGAAAAAUCUUUUUCAAAAAUCAAAGACUCUAUGAUUGCACUAUACAAGUAUUACGCAACUACACUUUAACAAUUUUGAUCUUAAUUUGCAAAAAUCUUCAUUUUAAAAACGUUUAAUAAGCCCUUAAAACAGUAAAUGUAUAACAAAUACCAAAAUAUAAUUAGAUAUCCUACAGAAAUCACAAACACAAUACAAGAUAAAAAUUUUUGCAUUAGAUCUAGAAGAUAACAAAGCAAAGAAUCCAUAAAUUUUGUCUUUAAACAGACUUUCAAUUUUCAUCACAGAUACCAAAACACAACGGAAAUAAAAACAGCACAGAGAAAACUCUAGUGACAUCUCUAUAUUUCUAAAAUUUCAUUCAAAUAACGUAGGUGAAGAAGGCAAAACAAUUAAGACAACAAAUUCGACAAAAUUUUGCAAAAUUAGUGUUAUUUGCUUUAUCAUUCAAUUUCAAUUUUAAAAACAAAUUAAAUUUGUUUUUCCACUUUUAACGUAAAAAAUAGAAAAAAAAAAUUGCGGUUAUGGUCAAAGGAAUUCUAACGAAUCGUGUUGUUAAGGAAUUUGACGCAACGUCGAAAAUGGAGCAUGCUGAUUUAAUAGCUGAAAUGCAUACAAUAGAAAAUUUACCAACACAAGAACGUUUGCAUUUAGCUCGAAUGCGACGUGCCCAACAAUUGAAAGUUGCACGUCAAAAAGAAAAAGAAUGGGCAAAAUUACAACGUAGUCAAAAACAUUCACAAAAUGCACAUUCCAAACGUAAUAAUCCACCACGACGUCAUAUAUCAUUUGAAAAUAGUGUUGUAUUAUUAGAAGCAGCUAGCCGUAAUGAUAUACAAGAAGUAGCAACAUUAUUACAACGUGGUAUUACACCAGAUGCUGCUAAUGAAGAUGGUUUAACAGCAUUGCAUCAAUGCUGUAUUGAUAAUAAUAUUGAAAUGUUAAAAUUGCUAUUAGAUUAUGGUGCUAAUGUUGAUGCACAAGAUAGUGAUAAAUGGACACCAUUACAUGCGGCAGCAACAUGCGGUCAUUUAAAUUUAGUAAAAAUAUUAAUUGGACGUGGUGCUAAUUUAUUGGCUGUGAAUACUGAUGGUAAUAUGCCAUAUGAUUUAUGUGAUGAUGAAGAUACAUUAGAUUACAUUGAAGCUGAAAUGUCAAAACGUGGUGUAACACAAGAAUUAAUUGAUGAUACAAGAGCACAAACCGAAAAACAAAUGUUAAAUGAUUUAAUAGAAAUAGGUAAUAAUGGUGGUGAUUUAGAAGAACCAGAUUAUCAAGGUGCAACACCGCUUCAUAUUGCAUCAGCUAAUGGUUAUACUAAAGUUGUUGAAUAUCUGUUAGAACAUCAUGUUAAUGUUGAUUCAGUUGACAAAGAUUUAUGGUCACCAGUACAUGCAGCCGCUUGUUGGGGACAUAUGGAAGUCUUAGAAUUACUUGCACAAUAUGGCGCUGAUUUAAAUGCUAAAAAUAAAGAUGAUGAAACACCAUCUGAUAUUUGUGAGGAUCCUGAAAUUCGUGAACGUAUAGAAUUAUUAAAAACUGAACAGGAAAGUAAAAGAUUGGCUGAACAACAGAGACGAAGAGUACGUCGAUCACAAAGCAAUAAUACAAGAGCCCAAUCGGUUCGUAGAACUUCAUUACGUGAUAAAACUUUAACAACCAAAAAGGAUGCUGUUGAAGAAACAAGACUAAGAUUACAAGCUCAAGAGGUAUUUAUAGCACCUGAUAGUACAACUGAACCAAGAUCAUUAGGUACUGAAUCGAUAUUAUCACAAAAUUCAACAACACCAUCUAUAGCUACAACAUCUACAACACUUGUUUCAGCGACAUCAUCAUCUUCAUUAUCUGGACCAAAUUCACUGCCAUCCACCAAUAAUACAAUUCCAAAUAAUAAUAUGCAUUCAAAUAAUAUUAUUAAAUCUAAUAAUACUACAACUACAACUACAACUACUAAUAAUACUACUAAUAAUUCAAAUAUAAUAAAUCAAUCAUUAAAUAAUAGUGGUAGAAGAAAAUCAUCAUCAUCACUUGGUGGUGCAGUUGAAGUUAGUUCAACAAUAAGUGAAUUGGAUGGUAAUUUAAAUGGAAAUCUAAGAAAUUCAAAUAGUUCCGGUAAUAUUAAAUCAAUGGGUAGUGGUAUUAUUUCAUCAUCAAAUAAUAAUUCAAAUAGUAGCGGUAAUUUAAGAAAGAAUAGCUUCAGUCAAACUCAUCGUAGUGAUAAUAGCAUUAAUAAUAAUAGCAAUAUUAUAAAUGGCUAUAGUAAUUCAAAUUUGGGUAUUAAUUAUAAUAAUAAUAGUAGAGAAACAUUAACAAAUGGAAUUAUUGGUACAGGAUUAAGUGAUACUAAUAUACAUUAUCAUAAUCAUUCACAUUCGCAUAAUAGAUCAAUUAAUCAAAAACAACAGCAACAACAACAGCAACACCAUCAUCAUCAUCAACAACAGCAGCAAUUACAACAAUUACAACAAGAAAAUUCAUAUCAUUCAACUUCAAUAAAUAAUCCACAUCAAUAUCAUCAUACAACAGGUAUAGCAACACAUCAAAAUUUUAAUAAUACAUCAUCAGGGAAUUCAAUAUCUCGGCGACCACCAGAAGGUAAAGAUAAUGAAGAAUAUCAUAAUAUGAGAGAGAAAUUACAUGUACAUGAACAACAUGGUAAUGCUAAUCCAAAUGCACCUUUAACAUCAGCACUAGUUGUACGUAAUACAAAUUUAAAUGUACAUAAAAUGAAUAGUAAUAUAACAGGAAGUGGUAUAACAAAUAAUAUUACUUCGACAACAGCAACAACAGCAUCUGUUGCAGAUAGAACAACAGCAGAAAUAUUUCAAGCAACAAAAGAAAAUGGAAAAAUUAAUGUUCAAGUUACAGUGCUUGUUGAUACUCAUAAUUUAGACAAUACAAUUAAUCAACCGGGUGCAACAUUGGCAAAUUUAAAGAAACAACGUUCACAAUCUCGUACAACAGCAUUAGCAGAAAAUGGUACAGCAAUUGGUUUUGGAUCACAACAACAACAACAAUUAAUGCCAUCAUCUCAACAACAGCAGGCACAAUCAUUACAUAAUUAUAAUAAUUUAAACACAACAACAACAACAGCGAAUAAUCAAAAUCAAUAUCAUCAAAAUACAACAAUGUUAAAUGGCCUACAAAAUUCAACAAAUGAAUUUUUAUUAACAUCAUCAAAAUUAGAUAGUACAACAGCACAAGGAACAAUAACAUCAUCAACAAAUAACAGUAUCAUUAAUAAUAAUUCAUCAAAUGCAUCAUUAAUAAAUUCAACACCAGCAACAUCACCAAUUGAUUUAAAUCAAAUAACUUUACAACAACAACAACAACCAAUUUUAUCACCAACAUUACAACAAAAUAAUGUUACAAAAUAUAGUGGUAUUACUGGUGAUGUUGUCAGUGAUAGCACUAAUUCGAAAAAAUGUUGUAUACUUAUGUAGGUGUUAACCUUUUCCAUUAUUAGUUAUAUUAUAUUAAUUUGUAUAUCAGUUAUAUAUGUUAUAUUUCAUAUGUGUUAUUUUUUAGAAAAAUGUUCAAUAUCAGAAAAAAAAUAAAAUAAUUAUAUGUAUUACAUGUAUAUAUGUAUAUGACAUUUGUGAUUUACUCUUACUUGUAUGAAUGUUUAAAAAUAAUUUUUAUGUUCUAUAUUUUAAUUGUAAUAUUGUGAUAUAAACGUUAAUGUUUUUAAAUAAUAUGACCAAACAAAUGCCUAAUGCUUAUAAUAUAUUUAAUUGACAUAACGGGGGUUUUCGUUUAUUCAGUUCUAGCAAAGUUCUAGCUUGUAGUACAUUCGAAAAUUCACGCUACAUACACUGAAAAUAUAGAUCGUUCGGAAAUUACUGGCUGCAAAUAAAGUGCGUUUGGAAAUUCAAUCUGUUAUAAAGAAAUGUUUGAAAUGUAGCGCAGACCUCUAGUAUAAAUUUUGUCGCUGCCUCAUGAAUUUUUUUUUUAAAUUUAAAAUUCAAAAAAAUAAUUUUAAUUUCAAAAUGGCAGAUUCAGAUAUUGCCGAGUUAUUAAAAUAAGUUUUCUUUAAGUCUUCAAAUCUUGUUGAAAUUUCCUUAUUUUGCAGUGAAUUGGAAGGGGAAAAGUAUUUUGAUACAAUUUCAUAAACAAUGUCAUUUCUGUUAUUUUCGAACGACUGUUUAGUAGUUUCAGAAUUUGUAGACUGCGUAAACAACCAAAACUUAGCUAAAGUUUUUGCAUACUGUUUAACGCUGCGAUUUAGAAAAUUUUAGUUCUAAUGUAGAACUUUAAGCGCACCGUGCAUAAACGAAAACCCCCAACAAUUAAUAAUGUAUAUAUAUAUAAAUAUUAAUUCUCUAAACGACAUUUAUGAUUUCUAUUUAGUUUUUAUCUCUGAAAACUUUUUAACUCGAAAUCAUUAAACGAACGAAAAUGACGACAAAUUAUUUGUACUUCAAAAAAAUAACUAUAACUUUAAUAAAAGAUAGUUAUUGAUGUUUAACCUACUUAUCUACUUAUCUACCUAUCUAGCAAAUAACAAUACUAAAAAUAACUAAAAAUGUUCAAGUAGAAGAAUGCCUGCUUUCUGAAUUAAAAUUUAGAAAUAAAAAUAGGGAGUGGAAAUUUCAACACAAACUCAAAAUAUUUUACAAUUUGUCUUGAAUUAAGCAAAUUUCAAUAUUAUAUUUGCAAUUUUCAAGCCUAACAGUAGAUUUCAACCUAAAAGCAAAGGGUCUUUUACUCCAAAAUAUGUUUAAGAACAAUCCAUCAUCGUAGUAUUGAUCAACUACUAAGGCAACAUAUUGGACUAUUCGUUUAAGCACAUCUUCAAUUUAAAUAACCUUUAUUUUAAUUUUUUAAUCUAAGAAAUUCAUUCGAUCACAAUAUUACAAUUAAAAUUUAUCGUAAUUUUUUGUUCAAAUAAAUGGAAAAGGUUAACACUAAAAAACGAUUACUUUUAAUUUUCUUAUAUAAAAAUUUUGAUUUUCAUUUUAAAUGUACUUAAAAAAAAAAAACAAUUAAAAAAUUGUCCAUUAAUAUUGAAAACAAUUUAAAAAACAAUAUUAAAUAAAAAUUAUG